AUGACCUAUGAAACUACAUUUAAUUAACCACCUAUAGAUGUAUCAUAUGAUACUUCUCGAGAUAUUUUAAUUUAUGGGUUCAGCAACUAAAUAAUUUUUUAUUAACUAUAUUAAUCUUCUAUCAAUAAUAAUAUUCUACCAAAUUAGCUAACAUUAAACUAAAUAUAGUUCUAUCGCUUCUUAUUAAAUGAUGUAUAUCUUACAUAUGAUAAAAAGAUUAUUCAUUGUAAUAUUUAAUCAGCAACUAUAAUAAAUAUAAUCUAGCUAGAUAUACAAAUUUUCAUAACAAAUUUUGCUUCAAAUAGAAGCAAAAGUACACUUUUUGUAGGUUUUAGUAAUGGGUAAAUGCUUUAAUAUAAUUUAAAAGAUAAAUCAUGUAAGUACUAUAAUUUAUCAACAGAUACUUCUGCAAUUAAUAUAUCUGUAAUUAAAUUAAUAGUUAAUGAAUAAAAUUAAUCUUAACCUCAAGUUCUAUAUGUAACAAAUGGAGGAUUGUUGAUAAUUAUAGAUUCAAAUAAAUAAUAAAUAAUUUAGUAAAUUAACCUAAUUUAACUAGUAAAUGAAGAAAUAAAUAUAAACCUAUAAAAUUUUAUUUUUGACCAAAUUUAUUCUAAAUAUAUUUUCUUUUUUAGUGGUUAAAAAAGAGUAUAUGUUUGGAAUAUUGAUACUAAAUAAUAAGAAAUUUUUUUAAUGCUGCCAAAUGACCAAGGAAAUUAGAUUAAAUUAACAGACUCCUUUAUUUUGACAUCCUGUAGCUACUAAAUCAAUGUAUAUACAAGAAGUUAAACAAUAUAGCUAUUGACAAUUAUCAAAAAAAACAAUUUUUAGGAUUUUAUUUUAGACUAUCAUGCCAUAAAUGAUAAUUAAAUUGUAUUAUUACUUUAAAAUAGGUAUGAAUUAUAUUUGCUGCAAGGCAACACUUUUUAACUUAUUUCCUAAUAGUCAUAUUAAUAUCCAAGAUUUUUAGGAUACAUUUACAAUUAAGAAUAAAACAUCAUAAAAUUAUACAUAUUACAUUAAUCAGGACUCUAGUUUACUAUAAGCUGA